GGGCAAUGACUCCGACAGCACAGUACCCGCCUCUGACGGAUUCCGGGUACCCUCGGGAGGACUGCUGUGAUCUGAUGCGAUACUACGGCUUCCACGAGAGCGGCCUGUACAGGAUCAGCCCGCAGUAUCACUCUGAUAUGGUCGUGUACUGCGACAUGACAACAGACGGCGGAGGCUGGACUCUGAUACAAAGGCGGUAUAAUGGCACUGUGGACUUCAACAGAGACUGGAAUGACUACACCCACGGGUUUGGUGACGUCACAGGUGAGUUCUGGUAUGGCAACUCCAAGGUCAAGAUCAUCGGGGACAUUGAUCAAAUGCAGCUCCGGGUGGACAUGACAGACUGGGACGGUGGCUCGGCGCAUGCGCUGUACGAUCAUUUCGAACUCAGCAGCGCCAACGACAGUUUCCGAAUACAGAUUGGCGCUUACAGCGGUGAUGCUGGUGACGCUUUCUUUCCAGAAGAAACUGUGUCCUGGACAGGCCUUAACAACAUGAUGUUUACAACCCGUGACCAUGACAACGACAAGUAUGUAGAGAACUGCGCCACGCGCGGCAAGGGCGGCUUCUGGUAUAAUGACUGCUCCCUUGCCAACCCCAACGGCGUCUACUCCAAGGAUGCUACUAAAGUGGAUUCCGCCUAUUCCAACGUUUUCGGGUGGCCAUGGAAGAAGAACUAUUAUCCCCUGAAAUCCAUCGAGAUGAAAAUACGUCAGCACUACUGCAAGGCACUACAUCCUGUAGCAACGAGUGCUUAGACAAUACCAAUCUGCGCAUGCACCGAUCAAGCUGGCUACAAAUGGGA